AUGCCAGAUAAUGAAGGAGAUUCGCAGAUUGACUUCGAGUCUGAAGUAGUGCCAGAGCAAUCAGAUGUAGUCUAUGAGGUGGAAGAACUUUUGGCCACAUUUGUCCAACAGCGACCACCUCUUUGGGACUCUAGAUUGCCUUUGUCAAGGAGGUCAAAGACUGUGAGAGAUGGUCUAUGGCUUGAGAUCUUUAAAGAAUUCAGUGAACAAUUUUCAAUUGAAUUUUUGCAAAGAAAGUGGAGGAACAUGAGAGACACUUUUAUAAAAGUGAAAGGGGAAGUCGAAUCGUAUAUUCCGAGCGGAAGUGCUACAAAAAAAAGAAAAAAGGUAUGGAAGUACUAUGAGAUAAUGUGUUUUUUAAAAGACAGCAUUAUACCCAGAAAAACAUCAUAUAGUGGUUUUGAGGUCUUGAGCCCUACAGCUUUGAAAAAUUGCUCUUCACCUAGUACAAGUGUAGAGAAAACAGGGAAUUCAGAACCUGCAGCUGAGUCGGACAGAAGGAAGGCGACAGGCAAAAAAAAUGUAGAUCAAGCCAUAUUAAGCAUGAUCGAUUCAAUACCUGCAAAUAAACCGUGCCCGGCCCAACCAUUACAAACUGUUAAUCCAAUUUGUUUGAGGAUUUCAGACCUGUUGGACAAAAUGUCGCAAAGGGAAAAAACUUUAUUGGAAAUAAAGUUAUUGUCCCAGGCAUAUGAGGGGUCCAAGGAAUUUUUGUGA